AUGGCACUCCUCAUGGUCAAUGGCCAGUGCCCGAAGCCCCUCGACCCUGUAUUCCUGCACUACCUGAUCCAUGGGUGCUGCAUCGAAUCUGUCACGAAGGCGAUCAUGGCCGAAUGGCACCCAGCAUUCACGACGCGGCUGUCGGCCUUCCUGGAUGCUGGUCCUGCAGGUGACAUAACCCCCUUCAUCUCGGACAUCGUGGAGUAUGCCGAGGUUGAUGUCAGAAGUCUCCGUGACCGGGAUCCUGCGACACAUCGUGGUGUCGCCGCCCUCAUACUGUACAAGGGACUAUUAGGCAACGAAAGCCCCCAGCACACCGAUACCCAGAGCUUUCUGCGUGGUCUCAGGCUCCCGUGUGCCAAUGGGUUCGAUUUCACGAAGGCUGUUCGCCUGUAUGUAGGUGGCUCUAACACGUUUGUCAACGAGGUAUGGGCUGCAUACAUCAUGGCAUACAGCUCCAUCGCGCCGCAGCUGGACAUCCGCACUGCGAGCACGGUGCCACAGGAGCAGCGCACACUGAGGGCUGAUGGUCGCGACUACGCACUCGGCGACCUCGUCAGGACUUUCCUGCAGGGUACAGGGAUUCCUUGUGAGGCUCGGCUGGACGAUGCCAAGGCGACAUUUAGCGAUGCAAUCGACUUAUCACAGGCCGGCGAACCCUUCUUCCGCCCUCGCAUGUUCCACCUGGCCAUCACAGGCAGCGAGACAGUGUGGAUCGUCGGCGACACCGAUUCACAGUAUUAUUGCAGCAACGCGAUCCGGCAGCACUGCAUCGACGAGGGCCGCAUCUCGUGGAGAACGUGUUUCCGCGAGGCAGCGAUCCCCGCCAGCUACUUCCACCGGCUCGCCGAGCUUUCCUACGGCCCAGAUACAGCGGCUGCGGGCAUGCCAGGGUCGCUCGGGGCAGCCAUACAGAACUGGCUGCUCCUCGAAAUCCUGGGCAGCAUCGGUGGCCAUACCUUCCUCUAGAAGGGCUCGCCCAUGCAGGCAGUUCCCGCGACACGCCUACGAUACCCCUUCUCUCCUGUUUCGGCCUGUAAGGAAGACCCAUCGCCCACCCCCCCUCACCCUACUUUUCUUCCUGCGACACGUCGCCUACGAUACCCCUGCCCCCUGACAUUGGACUUUUUCGAUACUGACAGGUGCCACCACAGCCUCGCCUGUCCUGGGGACGGCCGGACACAGCUGGUCCCUGGGCGAGCAUUAUACCGCGGACACCAUCUGUUUACCUGUACCAGGAUUCGGCUGGGACUUUCUACGGUACUGCAUGGACCAUGUCGGCUGCAUGCCCUUACUUAUGCUAUGAGAACUAUACUC